GGGCUCAGCGCGGCCCACGUGGAGGCGAAGCGGAGGAGGAAUAAGAGCACCACAUCGACAGCACUUGAAUCAACACGCGCGGCUCCGUAGCUUCGCGACUCCUCCACCUCCUCGCCGUCGCCGUCGCCGUCGCGUCGCCGCGGAGCUCCUACCCAGGCAGGCGCCGGCGCAGGCGCAGGCGCCUCCCUCCAUGGCGCGGCCGUCGCAGGAGGCGAUCGACACCUUCGUCAGCAUCACCGGCGCCGACGAGGCCGCCGCCGUCCGCGAGCUCGAGGAACAUGGUGGUGACCUAAAUGAAGCUGUGAAUGCUUAUUUUAAUGAGGGAGAUAGGACCAACACCAGAAUCAAUCAGAAUCCUGUACCUGCCAGUCACUAUGAUGAUAUGGACAUAGAUGAACCAUUGUUUACCAGAACUUUCUUUCCUGGAAAUUUGGGGAACCCUUUUGCACUUUUGGAUCCUAAUUUUGUUGACAGAGCUGCUGCCGGUAUCUUUGGAGGGGGACCUCGGGUUACACACCCUAGGGAGGUGAGGCAGAUACCUAUUGAAGUUAAAGACAACAAUACUCAAACAGGCAGUUCUGGUCAGGGUCCUGUUAUUGAGGAUGUUACUGGACGUGAAUCUUUGUAUGGUCCGGAGGUUCAUGGGACUGUUAUAGUUGAAGAUGAUGAAGACUUGCCAUCAGCACCAUCUGCUCAUGAUCCUAAUAUCCCAAGCAACAUUUCACGCCCAAACCAUUCUGUGCCAAGUGCUCCUCCACUGGUUGAUGUUAGUGACUAUAACAAUGAUAUAGAAGAGGAGAUGAUCCGUGCAGCAAUUGAAGCUUCAAAAAGGGAGGCUGAAGGAAUGGCACAUACAGUGGAGCGAGAGAGAGCUCUGCGCCAAGAAGGAAUUCAUGUAGCAGAUCAUUCUCCUGACUUAUCUGAUAAGGAGGACAUUGAAGGAGCAAGUGGGAUAGUUGCAAGGCAAGGACUAUCCACAGGGAAAGUUGGAACUUCUGAACAAACAGUAGAUGAAGAGAACUUCCAAGAGGAUAUUGAAGAUGCUGAGGAACAACCUUUAGUUAGGCAUCGUUCUAGGCGCAUCCGAUAUGGAAAUACUGAGCCAGCGGAAGCAGUGGAAAGAGCUGACAAUCCUCCCUCAAGUCCUCAGCCUAACAUUCAAAAUGAUCGUCAGCAUAAUGGAGGUUUCCCUUCAGAAGAGUGGGGUGGCAUUUCUUCGGAAGAGCAUGACGAAGCUGUUAUGCUUGAGGCUGCAAUGUUUGGUGGGAUUCCUGAAGGAGCAACAUAUCCAUUUUCCUUCCCAACUCAUGGAAGCUCAUCUCACUAUCCCCGAGUAGCACAUCCUCCAUCACCAACAUUAACUGCACAACGGUUGUUAAGGGAACAGCAGGAUGAUGAGUAUCUUGCUGCCCUCCAAGCUGAUCGAGAAAAAGAGUUGAAAGCUGAGCAGGAGGCUGAACUCCGCAGACUAGAGGAAGUUGCUGCAAGAGAAGCUGCUGUUGAACAUCAGAAGAAAGAAGAGGAGGAGAAGCUAAAGAAACAGCUUGAGGAAGAGGAGUUUGAGUCAGAGCUUGCAGCCAAACAAGCAUCACUACCAAAGGAGCCACUACCAAAUGCUGAGGGGGCCGUCACACUGGUAGUUCGCAUGCCUGAUGGAAGUCGCCGAGGCCGGCCCUUUCUCAAAUCUGACAAGCUUCAGUUUCUUUUUGAUUUCAUAGACAUCAGCAGGACUUUUAAACCAGGAACUUAUAGACUGGUUAGGUCUUAUCCCAGGCGUGCUUUCACUGCUGGGGAGAGUCAGAUGUCUUUGGGUGAUCUGGGCCUCACUAGCAAGCAGGAAGCUCUGUUCCUAGAACAAAUUUCAGGAUAGAGUAUAAGGAUUUAGUUAUGGUUAAGUAUAACAUAUACUUUUUAAAUUAGACCUGGCGUUUGUUCAUGAAAAAACUAAAGUGCCAUCUUUUGUGCUGUGAAACGCUCAAAUCUGCCUUUUGUUCGUUCUCAGUUUGUGUGGCAUAGUCUCAUACCCACUUUGAACGUGCAGUCAGAAUGUAUAUACAAUUCUACCUUCAGGCCAACCAUAAUUCUUUAAUCUUAGUUCACAUAUGUUUGCUGGUUACAA